AUGAUGCUCCAUUCUGUCAUUCUGUUCUCUGCCUUUGCAUAUGCAGCAUAUGGGAAUGAAAUUAAACCAACCAAAACAGAGGUGUUUGCUGACGAGGGUUCAAGUGUUAAAUUAUCCUGCAGUUAUUCAUCUGCAUUAACUCUUCACUGGUACCGUCAGUAUCCCGGAUCAGCUCCUCAGUUCAUUGUACUCAUCACAGAUGGAUCAAAACAAGCUGAGGAGUCUAAUGUAGAUUCCAGAUUCACAGCCAGAGUCACUAAAGACAAAGAAAACCAUGUGGAUCUGGAGAUCUCCUCUGCAUCUAUAUCAGACUCUGCUCUGUACUACUGCGCUCUGGAGCCCACAGUGACAGGAAACACAAGAACACUGUACAAAAACCUGAUACACAGCAUUGCAUCUACAACACACAUAUCCAACCUCCAUAUCUGCCAGUUAUUCAUCUGCAGACUAUCUUUACUGGUACGUCAGUAUCCCGGAUCAGCUCCUCAGUUCAUUGUGCUCAUCUUAGACAGUGCAAAAAAAGCUGAGGAGUCUAAUGUGGAUUCCAGGUUCACUGCCAAAGUCACCAAAGACAAAGAAAACCAAGUGGAUCUGGAGAUCUCCUCUGCAUCUAUAUCAGACUCUGCUCUGUACUACUGCGCUCUGACGCCCACAGUGACAGGAAACACAUGA